UAUACUACUGUUAAUCCUAAAAUGUAAUAGUAACUUGGGUUUGUGGGCUGGUAUACUACUGUUUAUUCCAAAAUGUAAUAGUAACUUGGGUGCUUAUUAAAGGGGCUAAGGUGACUAGGUGCUAGUUAAACCCAAGGGGUUAAUCUAAGAUAUUGGGGAUGAACAGGCCAGGGAAAUCUAAAAUUUGAUUAAAAUGUUAUCGGCUCACCCUGGUCGUUAAGGGCUACGAGCUCUAUGCAGGUGCAUGAGUGACACGGAAUGAUGGAGACACCCGCGGUGAUUUAUGUCUAAAGUUGAGUCCGGGCAUGCCGCUGGACGUCACGGUUGGAUCAUGACUCAUGAUCUGCAGGUGGACGUCAGAAACGAUUCCGAUGACCUUAGGGACUUAUUAUCGCCUGGGCCGGAUAGUUAGACGCGAGCAGCGUAGGGACCUGUGGUGGUCAGUUGUUAGGUGUGAAACGCGGCGGGAGUGCCGUGUGGCCGUACGUUAGCUCAAGCGGUGUAUGACACGAUCGUUAGCCCCGAGACAACGGGAAGAUCUAUAUCGGUCAAUUAUCGGGUGUGAAACGCAUGGGUGCAUAGUGACCGGUGUUAUCUCGAACGCCGAGGGAUGGUGUGGAGCCCAACUCGCGACCCUAUAGCUCUGGGGAGAUGAUAAGGGAUGGGCCGACUAGACUAUAUAUUGGCACUCGAACUUGGUCCAAACGGGGUUCACUCAGAAUAGAACAACAGUUACUCACGUUAAGAACGUCAAAAAUUAAAUUUGUGCUCAAGAAUUUCGGAAGCCAGUUUUGUGUUCAAAUAGGAAUCUUGAAGCAUUUUGUGUGAGUGUCAAAUUCUAGAAAUUGUUGUUUGUAGUCGGCCUAUUUUGGCUGGGUUUUUUUGCGGUUGUUUUUUUAGUAGUUGUUUUUUUAAAAGGAGUUUUUUUAAUCGAUUUUUUAGCCAUUUUUGUAGUCAUAUUUUCCUUGUCUUUAUAUAGUUACGUUUUCCUAAGUUUUAUAACAGCUACAUCUGGGGUUUAGUUUUCGUUGAGUUUGGAUCUUUUAUUUUAAAUUUUUAGGCGGGGUAUUUAACGAUCAAAUAAAGUAUAUCGUAGUUACUCUUGACUUUGAUUUUUUGUUUACUUAGUCUAGUUUAGUUUGGUUUGUUUAGGUUUAGUAAACCCCUUUGUCACCACACAAAGGUGCACGGAUGAGUGAAUAAGAUCACCUCUCGGUUCUCCCCUUACAUUUGGUGUCAGAAGUGGGAUCCGUGCUUAGACAAGCCAAACUUUAUUUUUUUACUAGGCUAAUUUUUUUGCCCAGGGGUAUAGAUUUAGGCUAGGUUGUUAGGAUAGUUAGAGUAAGUUUGAAAAAAAAAAAGAAAAGUAAAAACCCAGCUUAAGUAUGGCCGACAGUGGCGAAGAUAGACAGCCCCCCGCCACCGUCAUCAUAGUACCCCAGAGAGAGGUCACCAUCAGAAGAUUCCAUGGGGAUGGUCAUGCUGAUGAAGUAGAACGCUUCAUCCGAGAUGUCAGCCGGGCGUGGAAGGUGCGUAAAGACCUGUCCGAUGAGGAGCGACGGGACUUCCUGUGGUCACACCUGGGGGAGUCCGUCCUCGCCGAGCUGAAGUGCCACCCCAAGGUUGUGAGAGACAACCCGGAGGAGACCUUUAAAGUACUGCGAGCCAUCUAUGGCGAGCAGAGAAGUGUGUCACAACUUACUGGAGCGUUCCAACAGAUUCACCAACAUAGGGCGGAGUCAGUGAGGGCUUACUCACAUCGCCUACAUGAGGCGUUUGAAUCUCUGACGGCGAGACAGGAGGCCCUUAAAGUGUCCCUUACGGAUGAGCAAAUCCUGAGGGACCACUUCGUUGAGAAUCUACAAGACCCGAUCCUACGCAGGUACCUGGGAGAAGAGCUGUACAAAAGUCCCGGUACCACAUUCCUGGAGCUGAGAAAUGCUGCUAUCCGGUGGUGCGGUGACGAGCAGCCAACGACCUUUGAGGCCAGAUCGUCUGCCGUCACAUCGAGCCAGGCCACAACAGAGUUAGAAGGCCUCGUCCUUACUCUGACUAAACAGGUCAGUGACCUGGCAACACAGCUGCAGGAAAUGCAACGAGCACAAGCAAAACUUUCUACACAGCCCAGGGAACCACCCCGAGCUCCUGCUAAACGAUUUCGGAACUUCCGGAGGUCACUUAACUGCUACAUCUGUAACAGUCCGGCACACAUUACCAGGGACUGUCCAAAAAAUGGACUCCCACAGUAGUGCAGAGUCGAACUACUGGGGGGAGGUCAGACGACUCGUCAUUCUGGAAGAAACUGGUUGGAGCUUGUCCUACGGUAAAAAUUAACAUUAACCAGUCACCUCUUCUGGCAACAGUCGACACAGGGUCUCAGGUCAGUACAGUGACUGAAAGCUUUUUUCUAGAUUACCUUCAGGGUCCUCUGCAAAUUAUUCCAUCAAAGUGUUUCCGGUUGACUGCAGCGAAUGGACUGAGUGUGCCGUAUAUUGGAUAUUUUUUGGCCACGGUGGAGUUGAAUGGACAAGUUUUACCUGACAAGGGUUUCCUAGUGAUAAGGGACUCGGCGUCUUCGCAGUCCACUGCCCCGUGUCUGUUAGGCAUGAACAUUUUAAAAGAUGUUAAUGGCCUCGCCUCGUUUAUACAACCUGCCAAGGAACUGGUGAAAGAUGGGCGAGCAAGAACUUUAAAUUCUACUUCCAUCAUCCCAGCCAGGUCCAUUCAAAUGAUUAGUGCAACUGGAUGUGACCCAAGUGUACCUUGUGACCUGAUGGUACAACCCCUGCCAGUAUCAUUCAACCCAAAUUUACUGUUAGUUCCAGCGAUCACAUUUGCCGAGAGAGGUCUAUUCCGUGUCGGCAUUGUCAACUUGUCGGACGAGAGCAUAACGAUCCAUCCUAAAACCUGUAUCGGCACUAUCCAUCCAUUCACGUCUUCGUCUGAAGUAGACAUCCAAGUCAACCAUGUAGCGGCUGAAAUCACGGUAAGGCCGUCACCUCAGACCUCCAGUACCAUUAGCAGUGUGAAUCACCAGGUGAAGAAUAAGGUAUCAUUUACAUCAUUGAUAUCCACGUCCUUGAACCAUGCAGAACAAGCGGCUAUGAACUCUCUACUUGGACAAUUUCAAGAUGUAUUUGCUUGGUCAGAUGAUGAUUUAGGUUUUACUGACUUAAUUAAACACCAGAUCCCUCUAAUUGAUGAUACACCGGUUGCUCAGCCCUAUCGUCGACUUCCACCAGCUGAGUUCCGAGCUGUCAAAGAACAUAUUGAAAAACUUGCAGCUAAAGGGGUAAUUAAGCCCAGUACUAGUGCCUACGCAGCUCCCAUUGUGGUGGUGAAAAAGAAGAAUGGUGAAAUAAGAUUAUGCUGUGAUUAUAGGAAGCUUAACAAUGUCACUAGAAAAGAUGCUUUUCCCCUACCCAGAAUAGAAGAAACGUUAGAUGCGCUAGGAGGUUCACGUUAUUUUUCAACUCUAGACCUAGCCAGUGGCUAUCAUCAGGUAGCCAUGGAUGAAAAUGAUCAGGAAAAAACAGCCUUCAUCACACCAUUCGGUUUAUAUUCUUGGACUAGAAUGCCAUUUGGAUUAUGUGGAGCCGUGCAAACAUUCUCUAGGCUCAUGCAAGGUGUAAUGAAUGAUUUCAUCAUGGACAUAAUGCUCGUAUAUUUAGAUGACUUGUUGGUGUACUCCCCAGAUUUUAAAACGCAUCUAGAACGAUUAGCCAAAGUCUUGAGCAGAUUAAGACAGAUAGGACUUAAACUGAACCCUGAUAAAUGUGUAUUUGGUGCGGCUUCAGUUCAAUACUUGGGGCACAUAGUCUCUGAAAAGGGUGUCCAGACUGAUCCAGCGAAAGUUUCGGCUGUUAACAACUGGCCAACUCCAUCGGCCCUGAAUGAACUUCGAUCAUUCCUUGGACUAGCGUCAUACUAUCGGCGGUUUGUAAAAGGCUUCGCUACAAUAGCUAAACCUCUGCACGAAGUCGUCACUCUUGCCAAUGUAAAAAGUAAAAACAAACGACAGUCUAUUGUUGAAUUUUGGGGCGAGCAACAAGACAAAGCCUUCGUCAACUUGAAGUCAGCCUUAACCAGCUCUCCAGUUCUAGGCUACCCUGAUUUUUCUAUACCUUUUAUCGUAGAAACAGAUGCCAGCUACCAGGGAUUAGGCGCUGUGUUAAGCCAGAGACAAAGCGACGGUCUGAAAGUCAUCGCUUAUGCCAGUCGGUCUCUAAGGCCUGGCGAACGUAACAUGAAGAAU